AUGACUCGAUUUCUUGACAUUGAUCUUAAUAACAAGAGAAUUCCACCAAAUUAUGGCUAUCAAAAUCAAUCAUUACUUUCACUUGAGCAUGCUCUUGAACCUAUCGUAUCUCGUAUUGUUCAUUUGCGUCAAUAUAUCAAAGAGGCUUUGGAAAAAUGCCAUUUUCCAUCCGAACACGACCUCACACAUGACGAAUCAGCCUCGAUUUAUCUUUAUACCAUGGAAUGGGGUACUUAUAGUUUAUAUCAAUUGUUGAAUAAGGAUAUGCGAUCUAAAGAUCCAGCUGUAUUGGCACCAUGGUUUAAUUAUCUCAAAUUAUUUGAAAUUGCACUGGCAAAAUUGCCCAGAGAGAAAAAACGCCUUUGGUGUGGUACAAAAGAAAAUAUUAACAAGAAUCUUCUUACGGGUAGUGAAAUAAUUUCGCAAAGUAUGACCUCUUGCUCAACCAGACUUAAUGUCAUCAAAGAAUUUCUCGACAAUGAUACAAAUGCUACACUCAUUAUGAUUGAAGCCGUGACUGGUAGAAAUUUGAGUAGCUAUUCAAAAUAUCCAGAUAAAAACGAAGUGUUACUUGGUCCAGGCACUCGACUGCAAGUGGAAAGUGACGAUUUAAAACUUAAUGAUGGUCUAAAAGUUCUGUAUCUAGUAGAAAUAACGGACAAUAAUAAUGAAUCAUUACCAGCAAGCAUGAAUACGAUUAGUAUAAGAUCAACAUCAGGUAAAAGUGAUAUAUAUCUCUAUUAA